UGAUAGAUCAUUAUUCAAUUGGAAAUUGAUUGUUCGGUACCUAGGUACCUACGCGGAAAAAAAUUAGAUUGUUUUUUCUAUAGUGACAGUGCAUUUGAAUUUUUAGCAAUGACGGAAAUAUAUAUUCAGUUUAAUAGUGUGGUGCUGCGAGCAUAGUCGGCAGUUAAGUAUCUACCAGAUAAAGAUGCCUCUUGUUACAGAUACACAAGUCCUCAAGGACCUUGCCACCAGAAUUAGGAUUCUGAGUGUACAAAGUACUGCUGCUGCCAAUUCUGGGCAUCCGACUACAAGCUCGUCCAUAGCCGAAAUCCUUUCGGUUCUCUUCUUCAACACCAUGCGCUAUUCGGUGGCUGAACCUAGGGACCCUUCUAGCGACAGGUUCGUCUUGUCCAAAGGCCACGCCGCUCCGGCCCUGUACGCCGCUUGGGUUGAAAACGGUUUGGUCCCCGAAGCUGAGCUGAUGAAGCUGCGUCAGCUGGGCAGCGAUCUCGAAGGCCAUCCGACUCCGAGGCUCAGCUUCAUCGACGUGGGCACUGGUUCUUUGGGCCAGGGCCUCGCCAUCGCUGCUGGUAUGGCUUAUGUUACUAAACACUAUGACAGAAUUGAUGCUAGAACUUAUUGCCUGAUCGGUGACGGCGAAAGUGCUGAAGGUUCAAUUUGGGAGUCGAUUGCCUUCAUUAGCCAUUACAAUUUGGACAAUGUAGUACUUAUUAUUGAUGCCAACAGGCUGGGGCAAUCCGAACCAUCUCCAGUGGGGCACAAUUUAGAUAUUUUCAAGGCUAGAUUAGAUGCUUUCGGUUGGAAUUCGUUAAUAGUCGAUGGACACAAUGUUGAGGCUCUUGUAAAGGCUUUCGAUUUGGCUAGUGCUACCAAAGGAAAACCCACAGCGAUUAUUGCUAAGACUUAUAAAGGCAGAGACUUUCCUGGCAUUGAAGACAAAGAAGGCUGGCACGGUAAAGCUUUGGGCAACGAAACCGAAAGGGUUUUGAAGCAUUUGCAAGGAUUGAUAGUCAACAAGGGCAAAUUGAAUUACACCAUUCCUCCACCAGUAAAACAUGCACCUGUUGUUAACAUCCAAGACAUUCAGUUGAGUUCUCCUCCCAGUUAUAAGGUGGGCGACUCGUUAGCCACAAGACAAGCUUAUGGUUCUGCUUUAGUAAAAAUAGCCCAAAACAACCCUAGAGUAAUUGCGCUGGACGGUGAUAUGAAAAACUCCACAUUUUCUGAAAAAUUGAAGCAAUUCGACAAUAGUAGAUACAUUGAGUGCUUCAUUGCUGAACAAAACCUGGUCGGUGUGGCUGUAGGAGCCACUUGCCGUGACAGAACUGUUGCCUUUGUGUCCACCUUUGCUGCUUUCCUAACCAGAGCUUUCGAUCAGAUUCGUAUGGCCGCAAUCUCGCAAAGCAACGUCAACUUUGUAGGCUCGCACUGUGGUGUUUCCAUUGGAGAAGACGGUGCCAGUCAGAUGGCUCUGGAAGACUUAGCAAUGUUCAGAUCAAUUCCUGGAUGUACCAUAUUUUAUCCAGCUGAUGCUGUUUCAUGUGAAAGGGCUAUUGAGCUGGCUGCUAACACUCCUGGAAUAACUUUCACUAGAGUCAAUCGACCUGCUACUAAAGUGAUUUAUACUAAUGCACAUAAAUUCCAGAUUGGUAAAUCAAAUGUAAUAGUUUCCUCUCCAAAAGACCAAGUUCUUUUCAUUGGAGGCGGAAUUACGCUGCAAGAAGGCAUUACAGCUGCUGAAAUCCUGCAAAAACAAGGCAUCCAUGUACGAGUCCUUGAUUUGUUCACCAUCAAGCCCAUUGACCAAGAAGGAAUCAUCAGAAAUGCAAGAGAAUGUGGUAAUAGGAUUUUGGUAGUGGAAGAUCAUUAUCCAGAAGGUGGUAUAGGCGAAGCCGUUUUGUCCGCAGUGUCAGAAAUCAGGGACGUUUACGUGAAAAAGGUGGCGGUGCCCAGGGUGCCCAGGUCUGGCACCCCCGCCCAAGUCUUGGACUACUACGGUUUGACCGCCAAACAUAUUGUAAACCAUUUGUUGAAUGUGAUUAAAAAUUAAUGAAUAAAUUUUGAUAAUUCCAUAGAGACAA